GAUUUGAAUUUUUUUUUCUUCUGAUCAUCAAUCUGGUUGAUCCAUUUUUACAUCUCAAUCAAAAAAAUGGAUUAUCAAGAUUUACUUGAAGCCGCACAACGAAAUACUGAACAACAAUCAUCAUUACUUCGACGUAGACAAAUGAAUGGAUUGAAUCGUGGACCGGAUCCAAUGGCAAUAGCUAGAUUUAAGGCACGUAAAGAACGUGAAGAACGUCAUCGUUUAUUGCGUGCACAGGAAGAAAAACAACGUUUGCUUUCAUUACGUGCACAGAAUUCUAAAUCGAUGCGAAAAGCACAGAUGAUGAAAUCUCGUACAAAAGAUAAUAAUUUUGGCCGUAUAGUUACCACCGAUGAUGAUCGAUUGAUUGAAGAAAAAAUUCGUCAAAAAUCCAUUGAUGAUACGAAAAAACGUAUGAAAGCACGAAUCGAUUUGGAUCAAAAAUUAAAUGGCCUAAGUCGUAAAGAUCGUGAUAAAGUAAUGAAACGAUUAGAACAAGAAGAACCGGUAAAAGUUCAGCCGAAAACAAUGAAAAUUUCCGAUAUAAUUAGGCAAUCAUCAAAACAGAAAACAAAUGGCCCAAAUGUGACAAAUAAUCAAACAAAACUGAAAACAUCAAAACAACAACCACCACCAUUAUCGUAUGAUCAAUUGCUCAAUAUGGCGGCAGAAAAAUCAGCACAAAAAAUAUCAUUAGAAGAUGAAAUUAAAAGUGAAUUAGAAUUUCAAGAAAAAAAUUCAGAAAAAAAACGUCAAGCAUUGUGUGCUAAAGAAAAACAACGACAAAUUGAUUAUUAUCGAAAUGAUGCUGCUGAACGACGACCGAUGGCAAAAACCAAAACCACCACCACACACACAAGAGGUCAUGUGGUUAAUCGAACACCAGCUUCGAAACAAAUGAAAACAACCAUUGACCAGCGAUCAAAAAAGAUCGAUCAAGAAAAUCCAAAAAAAUUAUUGGAUCAUAAUCGGAAUUCGAAUCACCAUCACCACCACCAACAACAACAACAAUUUAGACAGCAACAGCAGCAGCAGCCACAAUCAAAAUUAUCACAAAAUUCGACAAAACAUUCGCCAUCGGUUGGAGCAAUGACAAAUAUGAAUGGAAAUCGAUUACAAUCAAUACGAUCGGAAAAUGAUGGUAAAAAAAGAAUGGCAUCAUCGUCAUCAUCAUUAACAGCAUCUUCAUCUAUGAAGAAUCGUGAUAACCAAUCUAAACCAAACAAACCUAGACUGUUGCAACAGCAGCAGCAACGACAACAACAACAACAACCAAUUCGAACGUUAUCACCGGCAAACAUGUUCGAUACCAAAUCAUCGAUGUCAUCAAAACAAACGACAUCUCUAUCAAAAUCUUUGCCACAAAAAUCUGUGAUAUCAAAAACUACUUCAUUAUCAUCAUCAUCAUCAAUGAUGGACAAUCGUAAUCGAUUACAACAAUAUCAACCACAACAACAACGACAGCCAAUACAUCAACAGCAACGAAUGCCACCGCCACAACAACCAAGGCCAAAAUUACCGCCAAUCGGUGCUACAUAUCGUCGUGGUAUUUAUUAUGAUUAUCAACAAGAUGAUCAAUAUAAAAAUGAUGUUGAUGAUGAUUAUUAUAAUAAUGAUGAUUAUGAAGAUGAUGAAAUGGAUGAAGAGGAUGAUGAAAUGGCCGAUUUUAUUGAUGAUGGUCCAAUCGAAGAACCAGAACCGGAAGAAGAAUAUUCACGCCAUAUACGUGAAAUAUUUGGCUAUGAUAAACGAAAAUAUCGUAAUAUAAUUGAAGAUGAUAUUGAAGAGGCUAGUUAUGGACAAUGUAUGAAAGAAGAGAUGCGUUCAUUACGUGAAGGUAUCCGUGAAGAUUUGGAAGAUAUUCGCCGUGAAGAACAGGAAAAACGAUUGAAAGCAUUGCAGAAAAAAGCACGUAUGAAAGGCCUAAAAGGAUAUUGAUUCUGAUUCGAUUCGAUUCGAUUUGCAAUUAAUCAUCAUCAUCAUCAUUUUAUUUUUUACUUAAAAUUUAUUUUUCUUCAAAAGUCUUUCAAAUUUUUUUUAAAUUUUAUUUUUGUCCAAAUUUUUGUUGCAUUAAUGAUGAGAGAUUGUAAUGUGCUAAAUUAUAUUAUAUUUUUUUUUUGUGUAUGUGAAAAUUAAAAUUAAAAAUGAAACGAAUGAAUAUAAAUAUGUCACUCUUUUGUUGUUGUUGUUGUUGUUGUUGUUGUAAUUUAAAUGGAAAUUAUUAUAUGCAGUAUAUAUAUGGUUUGGUUAUGAUACCAUACAAUCAAACAUUAGAGAGACAGACGAUGACCAUCAUUCAUAAAUUUUGGUGCAGCUGUUAGGUUUGACCUCGAUUUUUUUUUCUCUCGAUUGUUAAUGUUGAUCAUCAUUCACCAUAAUAAAAAAUAAAUAUAUGCUGCCCGUCCUUAUUACUUUUUUUUAUGGAAAUAACAAGCCAGUUAUAUUUCUGUGCUCAGUAUAUUUGUGUGUGUGUGUGUUUGUAAAUGGUUCCAUCAUCAUCAUCAUCAUCAU